CUUUAGACCCGCCCUACCCCCGCGCGGGGGGCGGGCCGGGUCGCGCUCCGCUCUCCGCGUAGCUCCCAGGCCGCAGAGGGCCUUGCGCAGCGAGACCAGGCGUCGUCCCGCGCGGUCUUCGGGUGCAGGGCCGCGGGCGGGCCAAGCCGGAUACCCCAGUCCUUGGCAGUCCCCCGAGGCUCACAGAGUGCUUCUGCGGAGCCUCGCCGCACGCAGGCAGGGUGGCCACUGCCGUAGGUGUGGAGGUGCCUGACAAGAUGAAGAGUCGAAUCCCAGUGGUGCUCCUGGCCUGUGGCUCCUUCAAUCCCAUCACCAACAUGCACCUGCGCUUGUUUGAGGUGGCCAGAGACCACCUACACCAAACAGGAAUGUACAAGGUGAUCGGGGGCAUCAUCUCUCCUGUCAAUGACAACUACAGAAAGAAAGACCUCGUAGCUGCCCACCACCGGGUGGCCAUGGCCCGGCUGGCCCUGCAGACGUCCGACUGGAUCCGGGUGGACCCCUGGGAGAGUGAGCAGGCACAGUGGAUGGAGACGGUGAAGGUGCUGAGGCAUCAUCACAGUGAACUGCUCAGAUCUCUGCCCCAGACGGAAGGCCCGGACCAUGGCAGGGCUCACUCCUUGGCCCCGACAGCUGUGCCUGAGCUGAAACUCCUCUGCGGGGCAGAUAUCCUGAAGACCUUCCAGACCCCCAACCUCUGGAAAGAGGCACACAUCCAGGAAAUAGUGGAAAAGUUUGGCAUGGUGUGUGUGAGCCGGACAGGUCACAACCCAAAGGAAUACAUCUCAGGUUCAGCCAUCCUGCAGAGGUACCAGCACAACAUUCACCUGGUCAGGGAGCCCGUGCAGAACGAGCUCAGCUCCACGUACAUCAGGCGGGCCUUGAGCCAAGGGCAGAGCGUCAAGUACCUGCUCCCAGACGCUGUCAUCACCUACAUCAAGGAGCACAACCUCUACACCGGGGACAGUUCCUAGAAAGACAGCACCCAGAGGAAUGAAGGACAAGCUGGGGAGGGCCAACCACGCCUCCACGAAGCUCCUCCUGAGGAGAAGGCAGUCAAGGUCCUCGGCUGUUUUCUUUGUGGUGGUUGUUUUGCUUUUCCAUUUUCCUUUGUUUUAUGUAGACAAUGAUUUUCUUUCCGAGGAGUCUUCUGUCCCAGGAAGAGGAACAGGCGUCUACACAAGAACGGACGUUUAUCAAAGAAGUUAAAAGGGUGCGGCAGGUCAGGAGAACUAUACAAAAGCUCUCAAAACCUCUCGCUGCGGAGGUCUUCUUAUUUGGUUAAGUGGUGACUCUGCCGUGCACACAGAUGAAGGCAGUUCUGCACGAGGCACGGGCCCCUGAGGGUCGGAUCAGAAUUGCCCACACUCAUUUUUUAACUAGGACCAGGUGCAGCAUGCUGGUCUUGAUUGGAGAGACUUGACAGGAUGCUAAUUACCAAACAGUGGGCUUUGUCGAUGCCUUGUUGCAACAAAACAAUACUAAUUGAGGAGUCAAACAUUUGGAAGCAGCACUUUGCUGAUUCACUUUGAAUCUUCCCUUAAGAGCCACCGGCUGCCUGCCUAGGCUGUAGAUAAAAUUUAAACUAAAAUCUUUCUAAGUAGUAACCCUCAAACAAUAUUUUUGAUACAGUGGAUAUUUUUAACAUGACUUUUUAAAUCAAUGCCAGGGCUCCUGAUUUCCAAGUUUCUAAAAAGGAAUGGAGGUGGGGCGCCUGGGUGGCUCAGUCGGUUAAGCGUCCGACUUCAACUCAGGUCACGAUCUCGCGGUCUGUGAGUUCGAGCCCCGCGUCGGGCUCUGGGCUGACGGCUCAGAGCCUGGAGCCUGUUUCGGAUUCUGUGUCUCCCUCUCUCUGACCCUCCCCCGUUCAUGCUCUGUCUCUCUCUGUCUCAAAAAUAAAUAAGCGUUAAAAACAUUUUUUUUUAAAGGGAUGGAGGUAAAACAGAUGCCUUGACUAUUUUAAAGGAUCUUUUUGAAUGUUUUAUGACUACCUGCCUGUUUGAAUAUUGGCAAAGGGAUAAAUAAUAAAUUGACAUCAAAAAAUA